AUGGAAAAUACAAAAUGCAAUGAAGGAAGUAUUUGAUUUAACCACAUCACACAGACGUCAGAUAGUAUACAGCAAAGCAUCAACAGCGUCCAGGUGCAUCCCCUAAACUAAACUAAACUAAACUAAACCCGAUUCAUUCUUCUCAUUAAUUAAUUAAGGAUUAGGGUUUGGGUUUUCUUCUUCUUCUUCCUCAAAUCACUUCAUUCUCUUCCUUUUUCCUCAUCCAAUCCAUAUUCAAUCACCACCGCAAAACCUCUUCUCACUUCCUCUGUUGUUGUUGUUGUUGUUGUUCUUCUUCUUCAAAGGCAUAAUCAAUCAAUCAAUCAAUCAAUCAAUCAAUCAAUCGAAUUCCAUUUCUUCAUUUUCGCACGCAAACUGUUUGUUUAAUGGACCUCUCUCACCAUCAAUCCAAUUUAUCUCUCACCUUUUCAUCUUCUCACUCUUCUCCGCCUCGCCGUCCUCCGAUUCCCGACGACUCCAUUUCUCUACAUCUUGAAUCCAGUUUCCGUGAUCCAUCGCACCCUGUCCCUACGGUUCCUCUUCAGCUCAUGGAACCUCAAACGGAUGCUGAAUCGAACAACAAUAACAACAACAACAACGAUGAUGAUGAUGAUAGAGAAGUUGAAGAAUUUCGCAUUUUAGGUCAUUCAAUGUGUCUCAAAAGACGAAGGGAUUGCGAAUCCUCUACAAUUACGACGACCAAGAGAGCAGCUUCCCUCGAACCCAAUCUCGAGGCUCGAAAGGCUGCAGUUCGAUCGUGGGGGGAUCAACCAUUGCAGGUAGCUGAUCCUGAUAUCUACGAGAUAAUAGAAAAGGAGAAAAAUCGUCAAUUCAAAGGGAUUGAAUUGAUAGCUUCUGAGAAUUUUGUGUGUAGGGCUGUCAUGGAAGCUCUUGGAAGCCAUUUGACCAAUAAAUACUCUGAGGGAAUGCCUGGUGCACGUUACUAUGGAGGAAAUCAAUACAUAGAUGAAAUUGAAAUGCUUUGUUGCGACCGUGCAUUAGCAGCGUUCAAUCUUGAUCCUAAGUGUUGGGGUGUGAAUGUUCAGCCAUAUUCGUGCACCUCUGCUAAUUUUGCUGUGUAUACAGGAUUGUUGUCGCCGGGGGAUAGAAUCAUGGGGUUGGAUACUCCUUCUGGAGGGAAUACUAGUCAUGGUUACUAUACUCCUAAUGGGAAGAAAAUUUCGGGGGCGUCUAUAUUCUUUGAGAGUUUACCUUACAAGAUUAACCCUCAGUCAGGUUUUAUUGAUUAUGAUAAGCUUGAGGAAAGAGCACUCGAUUUUCGUCCUAAGAUACUUAUUUGCGGGGGAAGCUCUUAUCCUAGAGAAUGGGAUUAUGCUAGGUUUAGACACAUUGCAGAUAAAUGCGGAGCUGUGUUAUUGUGCGACAUGGCCCAGAUUAGUGGGAUAAUUGCAGCUAAGGAGUGUGUGAACCCGUUUGAUUAUUGUGAUGUUGUAACUUCGACAACUCACAAGAGUCUUCGAGGUCCAAGGGGAGGUAUAAUUUUUUAUAGGAAGGGAACAAAACCAAGGAAGAGAGGGAUACUUCUAAGUCAGGGACAUGAAAGUGAUCAAUAUGACUUUGAAGAAAAGAUAAAUUUUGCUGUUUUUCCAUCAUUGCAAGGUGGGCCUCACAAUAACCAUAUUGCUGCACUUGCUAUUGCCUUAAAACAAGUGGCCACUCCUGAGUAUAAGGCAUACAUGCAGCAGGUGAAGAAGAAUGCUCAAGUUUUAGCAUCUGCUUUAUUGAGAAGAAAAUGCCGCCUGGUAACUGGGGGUACAGACAACCAUUUAAUACUUUGGGAUUUAAGGCCCCUAGGAUUGACAGGUAAAUUUUAUGAGACGGUUUGUGAGGCAUGCCAUAUUACUUUGAAUAAAAUUGCUAUUUUUGGUGACAAUGGAACUAUAAUUCCUGGAGGAGUAAGGAUAGGUACCCCUGCCAUGACUUCAAGAGGGUGUUUGGAGACCGAUUUUGAGACAAUGGCUGAUUUUCUCUUUAGAGCUGCACAAAUUGCAAACAUGCUGCAGAGGGAGCAUGGGAAGUUGCAGAAGACUAUUUCCAAGGUACUUGAGAGCAAUAGGGACAUUCUUGAGCUCCGGGCACGGGUUGAAGCUUUUGCAACUCAGUUUGCAUUGCCGGGUUUUGACAUUUGAACAUAAUGCAUCUGGUGUGCAAUGUGGUAUAAAACAACAGUACAUAAUUGAGUGUUGCCAUUGAGGUUUUUUGGUAAUCAAGCAACCUGUUCCUGCCUUGAUGGACCGUUCCUGCUGAACGCAGCAAGUUGGCCAUUACAGGGGUUGGAACAGAGAUUCUUGACCAACCAACCUGAGUACAAAAUUCUUAUGAGGAAUCUGCAGAAAAUAAUUAAUCUGAUAAAGGUUAGUCACCUUAAAUUCUUUUACCUUCUGUUUCAUGAUGAAAGCAAUGGUAAUCCUGUUUUUACUUGCUACAUAUUACCCGUUUUUUUUAUAUGAUAGUUGUACUCCUUUUCAGCAACAAUACAGUGCCGAGUUAAUUGUUAAAUAUACAGGUUAAUGUGUUGAAUAAGUGAUUACUUUGUAUCCUUGUAUAAAUAAAAUAUCAAUUAUCAUUUAUUUUCUUAAAAAAAGCUUGAUGAUUCUUUUAUAGUUGUUGGUAAUGGAAACAUCUUUCAGAAGCUCUUUUGAGUUCAUUCAACUUCUGUUAGUGCGAUAUUUUUUUAUUGACUUGUACUAGAGGAUUGAAGUAUUUUGUGUCAUUGAAUGGGAGUUGUUACUUGUCCGGUCUAUAUGUUUAUUAAUUAGAUACUUAGCCACACUUACUAUAUUUUUUGAGAGAGGGUGUAUUUGGCAAAUAGUUGGAGAUCUUGAAUUAGUCUUGUAAAUGUGGUAAGACUAUCUAAUGGAUCUCAAUAUCUCAUUUUUCCCCAUAAUCCCCCUUACGACAGUGUAAGUUGUCCUAAAAUAAAUUUAGAAUGUCACUUGUAAAUAUCUGGUUUAGUGGGACUGUAGGAGAUAUGAGAUGAUUGUAUGUAUAUAUGUAUGCGUGUAAUGUAAUAAACAUGAGCAUUUCAACUAUUUUAAAUGAAUAUAAUCCUCAGUAUAUUUUAUGACACUGAAUCUUAUUAGAAAUUAAUCUCAUUUCUCCACAGCAUAGUUGUAUUGGUUAAGAGUAUGGGUAUGAUCACGCUUCUUUGGUGGUGUAACAUACAGCGGAUUCUACCGUGGGCGAGUGUUUCAUAUAACUCACCGGUGCAUACUAAUAAAAUAAUAAAUCAGGACCGUUCUUUUAUGAGGGUACACAAUAAAGUGCAUGUAUUUUAUAAUUUUUCAUUAUUCACACUCUCUUCCCUUCCUUUGAUGUCUCAAGUUUUUCAAGCAAACAAAUCAUUGUAG